AUGGUCUCACCCCGAUCGCGGCUGUCCUGCAAGCUGGCGCUGGGCUUUGGCAGACUUGCGAGUGAGGGUGACUUCCUGGCGCUGUCACGCUGGGAGGACUCAGCAGGCGUGCGCGAUGGCCACAGCCACGGCGAGGCUGGUGUUUCACUGCCCAGCCGUGAUUUGUGGUUUGCUGGGGCUGGAGAGGGCGAGGACCAAGUCUGGGCAACACAGGAGUAG